UAUGGGGAUAUUCCCUAGGAAAUUACUGAAGAUCUAGUGACCUUGAAUUCAUGGAUGGUUACAACAGUCGGGCGCGUGCAGCGCAUGACAGACGCUUCAGCAAUAUGGCUUCGUACGUAAAGCUAGUUCUUGUAGCGCUCUUCUACGUGCUUUUGGUGGUUAACGCUGUCAAUAGAGACAACUUCAAAACAUGCGAGCAAAGCAGUUUCUGCAGACGAUGUCGCAAACUUGAAUCAGGAAAAUCUCCAUAUGAACUACUGGUGGAUACCAUUGCUCUUAACGAGUCAGUAAUAAUUGCUGAUCUAUUCAACAAGGACACUGGAGUCUAUUAUGUUCUUCACCUUACUGCUGUGAAGGACAAUACGUUUAGACUUCAUAUCAAUGAAAAGAAUCCUAUUCGACCAAGAUAUGAAGUGGAAAAUGCAUUGCACCAUGAUCCACAACCAGUUAAGCUUGAAUUGGUAGAAAGAUCUACUGACAGUGUUACAGUGUCUAAUGGACAAAACAAGGUAGUUUUGUAUGCCAAACCCUUUAGAGUAGAUUUGUAUUCCGAUGAUCAACUUGUGAUAUCUGCCAAUGCUCGAGGUCUAAUGAGAUUCGAGCACUUGCGUACCAAGCCUGAACCGAAAGCAGAACCCCAAGAAGAAGUUGCUGAAGUGGAAGUUCCUGAACCUCAGUUCCCAGGAGAUGGAGCCGAUAGUGAUCCUGGUGCAUGGGAGGAAAAUUUCAAAUCACACCAUGAUUCUAAACCCUUUGGUCCUGAAGCUAUUGCUAUGGACUUCAGUUUUCCAGGUGCUGAAAAUGCCUAUGGAAUUCCUGAACAUGCUGAUUCUCUUGCGCUCAAGUCUACUAAACAAGCCGAUCCGUACAGACUUUAUAACCUCGAUGUCUUUGAGUACGAGGUCAAUGAAGCCAUGUCGUUAUAUGGUGCCAUUCCUGUGCUCUACGCUCAUGGGAAAGAGAGAACGAGUGGUGUCUUUUGGCAUAAUGCUGCCGAAACAUGGGUUGAUAUUUUAUCUAGUGCCGAUAAUAACGUAGUUGAAAGUAUCGUAAGUUUCGUGUCUGGUUCUACGAAGAAAUUUCAAGUCGAUGCUCACUUCAUGUCUGAAUCCGGUGUCAUCGACGUCUUCUUCAUGCUAGGUCCAAAACCGCUAGAUGUAUUCAGGCAGUACACCAUUCUUACGGGAACUGCACCCUUGCCACAGAUGUUCUCGCUGGGCUAUCAUCAAUCCCGAUGGAACUAUAAUGAUCAAGAUGAUGUGAAUCAAGUAUCAGAAGGUUUUGACCGCUAUGAUAUGCCUUUGGAUGUGAUGUGGCUGGACAUCGAAUACACAGACGGCAAAAAAUAUUUUACCUGGGAUCCCAGAAAAUUCUCCACACCCUUAGAAAUGGUACACAAUUUAACCUCCAAGGGUAGAAAGCUGGUAGUAAUAAUAGAUCCUCAUACAAAACGCGACGCUGGAUACUUUUUACACAAUGAAGCCACUAGUCUUGGUUACUACGUAAAACAUCGUGAUGGAAAGGAUUAUGAAGGAUGGUGCUGGCCAGGAUCAUCGUCUUAUAUGGAUUUUUUUGAUCCGAAAGUACGCGAGUACUAUAUGAACCAAUAUGCCCUUGAUAAAUUCCAGGGCACUACCAACGAUGUUUAUAUCUGGAAUGAUAUGAAUGAACCCAGUGUGUUCAAUGGACCGGAAGUGACUAUGCCAAAGGAUCUGAUCCAUUACGGCAACUGGGAGCAUCGUGAUGUGCACAAUAUAUUUGGUCUCAUGUAUACACUAACUACCUACGAAGCACUGUUCCGCAGAUCAGGUGGAUCCUUGAGACCAUUUAUCCUUACAAGGUCCUUCUUUGCUGGAUCACAACGAUACGCCGCUGCCUGGACCGGUGAUAACUCAGCCGAGUGGGAGCACCUCAAGAUCAGUUAUCCGAUGUGUUUGUCUAUGGCAAUAUCCGGUUUAUCUUUCUGCGGCGCUGACGUCGGUGGUUUCUUCAAGAACGUCGACUCUGAACUAUUUCUUAGAUGGUACCAAGCGGCUGCCUGGUUGCCAUUUUUCAGAACUCAUUCUCAUAUUGAAACUAAACGUAGAGAACCCUGGGUCUUUAAUGAAGAAACUAUUCGAAUUAUUAGAGAAUCUCUGAGAACCAGAUAUUCCUAUUUGCCUUUCUGGUACACCCUCUUCAGGGAACAUGAGGUUAACGGCAAUCCCGUGAUAAGACCACUCUGGGCACACUACCCCACAGAGAGUGAAACGUUCGAUAUAGAUGAUCAAUUACUGGUAGGUGAUUCCAUUUUGGUAAGACCAAUUUACAAAGCUGGUGAGACUGAGACCUCAGUUUAUUUCCCUGGAGAAGGCAAAGUCGUUUGGUAUGACCUGGACACUAUGCAGCCACAUAAUCAAGGUGGUUUCGUAACAAUCCCGGUGACACUUCAUAAAAUUCCCGUAUUCCAAAGAUCUGGUUCUAUUGUACCAAGAAAAAUGAGAAUUCGUCGUAGCACAGUUGCUAUGAAAAAUGAUCCGCAUACUCUUAUAGUGAUAGCGGAUGAAAACGGAAACGCCAGUGGCAACCUUUACAUUGAUGACGAGGCUAGUUUUGAAUACAGACACGGAAAGUAUUUGUACUUGAGACUCAAUCUUACGGGUACUAAGUUGACCUCAACCUUCAUUGACAAACUAGCAGUUUAUCAAACGAGGAGUUGGUUGGAACGUAUCGAUAUCGCCAAUCCUCCACAAGGAAUAAAAUCAGCUCGACUGAAAUCUCGUAGCUUGGGCACAGUAGAGCUUGAAGCUAAGUACAAUACCAACAAUAAUGUUCUGACGGUCCGUAAACCCGGCGUGAACAUGGGGGAGGAAUGGAGCAUCGAACUACUUUAUUAAUUAUACUGGAACAUUCCGUAGUCACAUAGAAUGAUACAAUUCAAUCCUGAAAUUCAUUUACUCACAAGUCCUAUUACACAACUAUCAUUUCUACUAUUCACUGUCAUCAUGCCUGUCUGUGAUCCGCAUGAUUAACGCGUCGGUUCCAAUAUAAUAGAUCUUCUAAUCAGUUUAUACUGAAUACAAAGAUGCUAUAUACUGAUUACCGUCUAUUGGAUAGAAUAGAGUAUCAAAUGAAUUAAUAGCCAUUUUUGUUCUACUCAGCUCAAGUGGGACAAGCCGCUAUUCAUUAUUCCGAUCUACGUAAUAUGGCCAUGCGACAGUGUGUUUACCGUAGAAUAAAGUGUUGCGUGUUUUUAGUAAUACGCUGUAGUGUAGGGCUAACCCGAUGCUAUUCUGUAAUUUACAUUUUUAUAUUCGUAGCGAACGAGGAUAGCGUUGACACGAUUUAGAAAUAAAAUAUGUUACGUUUCAA